AUGUCAGAGACGUCGACCAGUAACCCAGAGACGUCGACCAGUAACCCAGAGGCCUCGACUAGCCAGUCACCCUCCUCCAGCUCACGCUUCUUAGAGAUCUACGACACCCUCCCUGCCGAUGCCCGCUUCCACCUCAUAGAACAACACCUCCUCCCCCUCCUCAACACCGCUCCCCCAGAAACCACCUCCACCAUCCUCGCCUCCAUAUCCUCCUACAAGUCUCGCUUCGCAGGCAUGCCCGACCUGAACUACGAAGGCAAGAAGAUGGAGAUCGACGGGCUGCUUCAGGCCAUCGACAGGGAUGCGAAACGAUCGUUGUUGAAGGGAAGGUCGGAGAGGGCGGAACUGUUGCAGGGGACGAUGGAGAGUAUUGGGCGGUGGAUGGGCGAUAUUUGGAGGGUUGUGUUUGAGUAUGAGACGGAUUUUACGUAUGGGCAUGAGUGUUUGUUGAUGGCGGGGAGGACGCUCGAGGCGUUGUCCAUGACGCGCGGAGGGUGCAAGUGCUCGUUCCUCAAUCUCUACCUGAACGUCAUCAUCAAGCAACGCUCAGCCAAAGUCGUCAAAUCCUUCUAUCUGACCGGCGCGGCGGCGUUCGACAGGGUCUUGCACUGGGUGUGGCGCGACCUGUUCUUGUCCCUUUUGGCGACCGGUACGGAGCGACAGAAGAAACAUAUACCGGAGAUGUUGGGCGAGAUUGAGAAGAUGAUGGGAUGGCACGGUCUUGAGCGCCUGUUGCAUGGUGGUAAAAGACCGCCCGGAGCCUUCGGCGACGAUGAUGACGAUGAUGAUGACGACGUGACCGAGUGCGGCGAUGACCCAGACCAGUGGUUCGACGAAGACGAGGACGAAGACGAAGAGCGGGAACACAUGCGCGUUUGCUCCUUCCACGAGGAACACUGGGACCCGAAACACAAAGCCGAGAUCCCCACUCUCCGCGAACACAUCUCGAAUCACCUCCUCUCCGUCUUCGCCCUCACGCCCACCCUCGACCUCUACCUAACCAUCCAGAACCUCGCCAUCAAACCCCUCGACACCGAAGUCCAGCUCCUCAAACUCCUCAACGAAAACGCCACGACAUCUUCAGAUUCGUUCGCCGGCGCUUUAGAAAUCUACGCAUACAACCAGAGCCCUAACAAGAUCUGCGAACUCCUCGACUCGCACUCUCACCUCCUCCGACCCCGAGACCACACCUCACUCCGGAAAGCUCUCCUCUCCCUCUCCCGAAACCGACACUUCCGCGCCCGCGCGUCCACCCUGAUCGAAAAAGAACUCAUCGACACCGCACGGCACAUCCACGCCGCUCUCCUGCCCUCCUACUCCUCCAUCACCGACCCCAUCCGUCUCGCUGAACUCAAGCGCGUGCUUCAAUUACGCGUAGGCUCAACGACGCGUCAGGAUCGUGUGUUGUCAUGGUUAGAUGCAGUGAGCACUCCGGGUUCACAAACGCCGAAUGGACCGAUGGCGUUCGCGGCGAUGAUGAUGGGAUUGCCGAUCGCGCCUGUGAGCGUCGAGGACGAGAUGGAGGAUCCGAUGGGGAUUUUGGAUGGGGAUGUGGCGGAUGCGGAUUUGGAUGAUUUGAGGGAGGAACUGAAGCCGAGGUUGAGGGAGAGGUGGGAGGGAUGGGUGGAGACGGCGGGGGAGGUGGGGGGGAGUGGGGGGGUGCUGGGGAGGGUUUAUGAGGAGAUGGUGAGGAUUAUGCCGUGGCUUGGGGGACAGGAUAUCGUGGAGGAGAUGAUUAAUCGGUUGACGGAUAGGCCAAGUAAACAUUAUCUGUGCGACGCGCUGGAAGCUCUAUCGGCUUUCGUCAAGAAACAGAGGAAGAAGGCGGCCAGCCAAGCUGCGAAACGCAAGAAAGCGGCCGCGGCCGCUUUUGUGUCAACCUCAGCCUUUACUUCAGCGUCAGCCUCAGCAUCCACAUCAACCUCAGCGUCGACCUCACACACGCCCACUCAGACUCCACGUUCUCCUACCCCUGCUCCUCCGCCGGUGGUGCCCACAUUCGCAGAUGAAGACGACGACGACGAGCCGCCGCCGCUGGAGCCUAUCACUGGACCCAUGGGGAGCAACAGCAACACCGACAACACUAGUACUGUGAUCCCGAAUACGUUUGGCGGUGGGAUCCCGAGUACGUUUGGGGGGAUUGAGGACGUUGAUUGA